AUGCGAAGUGUAGCGGUGAACGCUCUGCUUGUCGCCGUCGUCGCCACCGGCGUCUCGGCACAGGACAAGCCCGUGUUCAAGCCCACGGAAGUCAAGGCGCCGUUCCUCGAGCAGUUCACCGAGGACUGGGACUCGCGUUGGACGCCGUCCGAGGCGACCAAGAAGACGCCCGUCGGCGGCGAGACGUUCUCUUACGUCGGCAAGUGGUCGGUCGAGGAGCCGAAGACGCCCGUCAUCGAGGGUGACCUCGGUCUCGUCGCGAAGACAAAGGCGGCCCAUCACGCGAUCUCUGCUCCGUUCGAGUCGUCCUUAUCGCUCGCAGACGAGCCGUUUGUUGUGCAGUACGAGGUCAAGUACCAGGAAGGCGGCAACUGCGGCGGUGGCUACGUCAAGCUGCUCGAAGACGGCUUCCAGACGAGCGGCAAGGAGUUCUCCGACAAGACCCCUUGGACGAUCAUGUUCGGCCCCGAUUUGACGUGCCCGGGCACCAAGAUUCACUUCAUCUUCCGCCACAAGAACCCCGUCACCGGCGAGUUCGAGGAGAAGCACCUCAAGACGCCUCCCAAGCCCUCAAUUGAGAAGACAACCAACUUGUACACUCUCGUUCUCCACCCUUCCAACCAGACGUACGAGGUUCUCUUCAACGGCGAGUCGCAAUCCACCGGCUCUCUUCUCGAGGACUUCUCGCCUGCCGUUAACCCGGCCGCUGAGAUCGACGACCCGGAGGACUUCAAGCCCGAGGACUGGGUCGACACCAAGCGUAUCGCCGACCCAGAGGCCACGAAGCCCGAGGACUGGGAUGAGGACGCUCCCUACGAGAUCCCUGACAUGGACGCUGAGAUGCCGGAGGACUGGCUCGUCGACGAGCCGGCCGUCAUCCCCGACCCUGACGCUGAGAAGCCCGAGGAGUGGGAUGAUGAAGAGGAUGGCGACUACAUUGCGCCCACCAUCCCCAACCCCAAGUGUGAGGAGGUCUCCGGCUGCGGCGAGUGGAAGCGCCCCUUCAAGCCCAACCCCGACUACAAGGGCACCUGGUACGCUCCCAUGAUCGACAACCCGGCGUACAUUGGCGAGUGGGCCCCGCGCAAGAUCGCGAACCCCGAGUUCUUCGAGGACCUCACGCCGCUCAAGUCGCUUGUUAAGAUUGGCGGUAUCGGUAUCGAGCUCUGGACCAUGACAGAGGACAUUCUCUUCGACAACAUCUACGUUGGCCACUCUGUCGAGGACGCGCUCAAGCUUAAGGCUGAGACCUUCGACGUCAAGAAGCCGCUCGAGGUCGAGGCUGCCAAGCCCAAGAAGGAAGAUAAGGCUGAGGAGACCUCGUCUGUCACCUUCAAGGAGGACCCGGUCGAGUUCGUCCGCCAGAUGGUCUUCACCUUCAUCGACGCCGCCAAGGUCGACCCCGUUGAGGCGUUCAAGACGCACCCCGAGACCGGCGCUGCCCUCGCUGUUGGUGUCCUUACGCUCUUCGGUAUGAUCGGUGCCCUCUUUGGUCUCGUCGGUUCGCAGCAGAAGCCCGCGGCCAAGCCCGCACCAUCGAAGAAGACCGACGCACCGACGCCGGACGACAAGGUCGCGGAGAAGGCACCUGUCGCACCCGCUGGUGGCGAGAAGAAGGACGAGACGCCGGUGAAGAAGCGCAAGUAG